AUCUAAGCAAACAUCAACUCCAUCAAACAAAACAUGUGGCCAACAAAUAUUGCUUCUAUAAUUUGCGCCGAAAUCGAUCAUACGAUUCCUUGCCAAGGAUAAUGAUGCACCGUUGCACACCGAAUUAUGAUGAUCAUCGUCACGCCGGACCACGGCGGUUGACGAAGCUGCUGAUAAGCGUAACGGUUCAGGGAAGAGUCGGGUCAGUUCAGCUGAUUAUGUCGCCGGAAAAUACGGUCGGACAUUUGAUAAAGGCGGUUUUAGAAGUGUUUGAGAAAGAGAGGAGAAGGCCUUUGUUGAAUGAGAAUCAUCCUAGUUGCUUUGAGCUUCAUUACUCACCCUUUAGCCUACAAAGCCUAAAACUGGAGGAAGAAUUAAUAAAUUUGGGGUCAAGGAAUUUCUUCUUGUGCCAGAAGCCUGUUAGGGAAUACAAUGCAGGAACAUGUUUCAACCAAACGAAGAAGAUACACAACUUUCCAUUUUCAUGGACCAAUAAGCUCAUGGAACUCUUGCUAUAAAUCUCUCUAUAUAUUCUACUAUUGUAACUUGUUACCAAGCCAUUCACAGUUUUUUAGUUACCUCUUUUUUUUAGUCCUUUUUUUUCUUUAUUUUGAGAUCAUAGGCCAUGUGGGUGCAUUUGGUAGCUUCUACAAAUAAAUACAGUAGUGUACAAUAUUUUGCAUGUAAUUUGUGAUUAUGUAAAGUGCUUUGUUAUCAAAGUAAAUAAAUAAUAUAUAAGUGCUUUGUUAUCAAAAUAAAUAAA